AUGUUAUUGUUGAUGUCGACAAUCCAAGUCAAUAUACUCUAUUCUCUUCACUUCUCUGCUCUCUUUUUGAAAUCAGAUAAGAUAUUUGCAUAUAUUUUUUGGUUGUUUCGUUGCAUAUCAAUUCAAUUGGAAUUGCCACCAACACAAAUAUCGCCAACACCGCCAACACCACUACCGACUCUUCCAAAAGAUAAUGAUUUAGAAAAAAACAAAAAAAUUAUGAAAUCUUUGAAAUUCUUUACUACUCCUACCCUACUACUUCUAAUUUUCUUGAGUUACAAUAUUGUAACAGCCAAAGAUGAUCGUAGAAUUAACUAUGUUGGAUGCAUGGACUUUGGAUAUAGUCUUUUUCCAGAGUACAAAGGUUUGAAAAUGCACAUUAGAUGCUAUCCAAAUCCAAAUUCAAAAAAACUCUCCAAACCAAACGUUAUUUUCGAUUCUGGAAUGCCAUUUUCGUCGUUGGUCUUUGCCGAUGUAAUUGAACAACUCAUACCCUCGCUGCCAAACAUUAAUGUUGGAAAUGUAUGUUUCUUUGACCGAUAUGGCUAUGGUUAUUCCGAUCCUUCGCCCUACGCAAUGAUGUCGAACGAGACAGCUCACCGCCUACACGAAUCUCUGAGAAUCGCUAAGCUAUAUCCACCGUAUAUCUUGGCUGGUUGGUCAUGGGGUUCGAUCGAUAUGCAAUUCUUUGCAAUGAAAUACAUGCGUGACGUAGUUGGAUUGCUAACUGUCGAAGGAACCGACUACCAAUAUUCAAUGGAUACAACCAAUCCUCAGAAAUUGGCUAGUUCCACUGCCUAUGCACAACAAUUUCUCUACUUGGCGAACAACGAUCUAAUUAAAAACGCUACCUCGCACGGAGAUAUUCCACUGGAAUUUGGAUUCCUCCCGAACAAUACUGAUCUGCCACCAACAGUAGUGGAGAAAUCCAACGAUUUCUUUUGUUCUUCAAAGUUUUUCACUACCGUAAUCCAGGAACUUCAAAUUAUGUUGCCAAGUGCAAGCCUGCUAGGUAUCCAAUAUGACUCGAUGAACACUACGACACCACUCUCCAAUAUUCCGUUUGUUGUUCUGACUGCCGAACAAAACGACAACAAUUGGAUUGAACGCCAAUCGAUUAUGGCUUCACUCUCGACAACCCACGAACACCUAAUGGUGAACACCACCCAUUUCGUUCCACUCGAAAAUCCAAAAAGCGUUGUAGAUUCACUGAAAAUACUUGUCAACAAUCAUUCUUCAAAGGAAGAAUCAUCUUCAAUUAUCCUUUUUUCUUUUCUUAACUAA